AUGGGAGGUGACAAUGGUACAGAAUUAACAGAGUUCAUUUUACUGGGAUUCUCAGGUUUUGUUUUUGUCCAGAGCCAUCUGUUUUGGGGUGUGCUGUGUAUGUAUGUGGUUACCUUGCUGGGAAACUCUCUGAUCAUCAUCCUCACGCUGGCCGACCCAGCCCUCCACUCCCCCAUGUACUUCUUCCUGCGUCACUUCUCCCUGGUGGAGAUCCUCUACACCACUACCAUUGUGCCCAGGAUGCUGGCUGACCUCCGUUCUUCCUGCCCCACCAUCUCCCGUGCCAGCUGCUUCACCCAGCUGUAUUUCUUUGCCCUUUUUGGCAUUGCCGAGUGCUGUCUGCUCACCGCCAUGGCUUAUGACCGAUAUGCAGCCAUCUGCUGUCCCCUGCACUAUACCACCCUGAUGAACCAGGGAACAUGUGUCGGCAUGGUGGGGGCCUCUUACCUUGCGGGCAUCAUCUCUGGCACCACUCACUCUGUCUUCAUCUUCACUUUGCCUUUCCGUGGUGCCAACACCAUCCAU